GACAAAUUUUCGUACACUACCUACUACAGUAUUUUUAUUAAACAACCACUCUUCUUGCUUGUUCCAUUACCAAAACAACAAUAAUGUUUAUUAGUAGUAUAUAAGUCCACCCUACAAAUCGUCACUAUAUAAGUUCUACUCCAUCUUCCUAUUCUCAACACAACCAAGCAAAUAGCCACUCAAUCAUCAAGAAAACAAAAAACGUCACAACCUUCAAAACUCAACCUUCAUUUAAAUCCUAGCCACUUUUGUUCAUAUUUUCUUCUUUCUUGCAAAAAUGGAGAAAAGUGAGUCAACCAAAAUUGAUGUUGAGGAAACCAACAAAGAAAGGAAAGGAAAAGCCCCUCUUUUGGGAACUGCAGCUCCUGUUGUUGCUGCAGCUGCUACUACUAAACUUGCAAAAGGAGGUGCUAAAAGAGGCAUUGCAAUUUUUGACCUCAUUUUGAGAAUAGCCGCUUUUGCUUCUGCAAUAGGUGCUGCUGUUGCUAUGGCAACUACUGAAGAAACUCUUCCUUUCUUCACUCAGUUCUUUCAGUUUGAAGCUAGCUAUGAUGACCUUCCAACUUUCACGUUUUUUGUGGUAGCUAUGGCAUUUGUUGUUGCCUAUCUAGUCCUCUCUGUAGCUUUCUCUAUAGUGUGCAUUGUACGACCCCAUGCAGUUGUACCCCGGCUACUCCUCAUUAUAUUUGACACGGUGUUCAUUGCAUUGGCGACUGGUGCAGCAGCGUCAGCAGCAGCCAUAGUGUACUUGGCUCACAAUGGAAACGAAGAUGCAAACUGGCUAGCAAUUUGCCAACAAUUUGGUGAUUUCUGCGAAAGGGCCAGUGCAGCUGUGGUGGCCUCUUUUAUCACGGUGGUGAUCUUGAUCAUCAUGGUGGUUCUGUCUGCUUCCGCUCUUCGAAGACACUAAGAACAAGUUCGUUUUUAUGGAAAAAUUAUUUGCUAGUGUUUACGACAUCUUCAUUCACUCAUCUCGUUGUUUCAGAAUUGGUCAAAAUGAUGAAAAGUAUCUUGCAAUCUUUGUAUAUAUUGGAUAAAAAGUGUUAUUGGAUCUUAUUGUUGAUGUAUUUCUUUUGUUAAGGUUUGUACUUUGUGUGUCUGUCUUUUAGAUUCUCAUUAAGAAGGGGGAAGUUUGUGGAAUCUUGUAAAUCCCAUUGGUAAAUUCAGAGGAUCUGUAUUGCAAAUGCUGUAAUUUUCAUAAUUUAACUUUAUGGUACCCCACAUCCCUUAUUAUGAAUU